AUGAUAUGGGAUGGUAUUACAGCCACAUGCCAGACCCAGGUGAUUGUGAAUGAAGUCAAUUUUAAUGUUGUGAGGUACCGAGAUGAAAUUUUGCAAACAACUGUGUUGCAACAGAAUGGCCUGCCAGGUCCCCGGAUUUGUCACCAAUCGAACAUGUAUGGCAAUGAGACGACGGUGCCAGAUAACAAUAAUCGUGUGAAACUGUCUCCUUUGCCAAACAUUCCACACUCAGACUACAUUAACGCCAGUUACAUCGAUUCAUAUGGGCAGCCGAAUUAUUUUAUUGCAUCACAAGCUCCAAACAAAGUGGCUUUGCCAGAUUUCUGGAGAAUGAUCUGGGAACAGGACUGUGGACAAAUAGUCAUGUUGACAAACCUAGUGGAGGCUGGAAAGCAUAAAUGCGAGCCCUAUUGGAAGGAUUCGGAGUCAAUGAAUGUUGGAUAUUUUUAUGUGAUGGUCACAGAAAUCACUGAACGAGCAGACUAUGUCAUCAGAAAGAUAAAAGUCACCCAGAAGAAGUCUAAGAAAUGCAAGACGUUUGACCAUUACCACUUCACGUCAUGGCCUGACCACGGAGUUCCCAAAGUGUUGGACUUACUGGAAUUCUUCUGGUUGACAAGAGAGUCUUCUCCAUCCCGCCCUGGUCCUGUCCUGGUUCACUGCAGUGCUGGGAUUGGCAGAACUGGGACGUACAUUGCUCUACAUAUUCUGACAGACGAGAUGAACAAAACUGGAAGAAUCAACAUACUGGAUGUGAUGACCAAGAUCAGAGAUCAAAGGAAAAACAUGGUCCAGACAAAGAAUCAGUAUGAAUGCAUUUUCACGAGUAUGCUUGAGGUUGCAACGUAUGGACAGACAAGUAUGACCACAUCUAAAUACACACAGGAAUAUGAUGAACUGAAAGGAUCUAUGAGCAUGGGCCACAAAACACUCGAUGAUCUGGCUCAGGUAAUUGCAACAACUGACAUAUCUGAUACAGGUCUUCCACUGAAGAACAAGCUGUGGGUUGGUGGAAAGGACGAUCUCUUUGUUGUUCAGGCCCCUUCGACACUGCUGAGCAAAGGCUACCUGUUAGUUUACACUCCACAAAGAACAGAGAAUCUGCUGUGGAAACUCAUCAUGGAGAAUGAUUCACUGACUCUUGUCACUCUGGGUAACAAGAAUGACGCAUUCGUCCCUGGUCCAAGCCAUUCCGGUAACUAUGGAAACGUGACUGUGACGACAGUGACAGAAACGCAUGUUUCAAGAGAGAUAACAUUAAGAAUACUUAAUGUUGAAAUGAAGGAUUCAGAUGAAACGAAGGAAAUAGCAAACUUGUCUGUGCAGUCUUGGAGUGACAUAUCUAACACUUCCACACUGAUAAGUUCUCUAACAACACUGACAGAACAAAUCCUGGACAGACAGAACAGUCUGAAAUUUCACCCCGUCACGGUCAUUUUCGAUGAAUCUGACAGAAAGGAAGGUCUGUCAUUGUGCAUACUGAACAACAUCAUGUCUGGAGUUUCCCUUGACAAGCGAGUUGAGAUAUUUAACAACGUCAGAAGACUCCAGUCAGUUCUGCCAGGUGUUCACUUAUCAGCGGACGACUUCAAACUUUUCUGUGAUCUUCCUUUUGCUUAUCUCGAUUCCACAGGCGUGUAUGCCAACAUGUAAACUGACCAAUGUCCAUAUUUUACAGUGGUCACAUUAAAGCAGUGGUCAGCGGUGACCAUAUGCGAGGAACGUGUAACAUAUCAACAUGGAGUUCAUUGAAAGCAAACUGUGUGUCGUGUAGCAUAGGCCAUGAUGGUAGUAGAGGGAUGUUUAAAAAGCCCCAAAAGCCCAAACAAUAUGGACUAAUAUGACAGUAAACUAUAACAACACCAUGGAUAACAAUCUUUACCAGAUAUGUACAAGUGUAUUCAAAAUAGCAUCUUUGCAGCGGCUAGGGUCGAUUCCUGUCGGUGGCCCUUUAGGCUGUUUUUCCUUCCAUCCAGUGCACCGCGACUGGUAUAUCAAAGGCCGUAGUAUUUGUCAACAUAUAUGUGGGAUAGUGCAAAUAAACCG